AUGGAAGAUUUCGGAAAAACGGCGAAGGGCAGUCCCGUGAAAAAGAUCACCAUUCGGCCGAAACUCCCAGAAAACUUGGCUUCGGGUAGCGACAGCGAGGUGUGGAACGGAGUGAGGGCAAUUGUCAUCAACUACGGUGCAGUCCUCCAGCAGCUUUGGAUUCCUGGUCAUACGGACACCGGCGGAAAGAAGAAGACACCCCUCACCCUGGCCGACGUCGUCCUCGGUUUUCCGGACAUAAGUAGUUAUGAGAAAAACGUACCUUAUCAUGGGGCCAUUGUGGGGCGUGUUGCUGGUCGCAUCAGCAAUGCUCGGUUUGCCAUCCCCUACGAGCUGGAUCCCACAAUGGCCGGCGUCUAUAGACUGCCGAAGAAUCUGAAGAAGCAACACUGUCUACAUGGCGGAACGGUAGGACUGUCGAAUCGGCUCUGGGACAUUGCCGAACAGAAGUCAGACAGUGUCAAGUUUAAAAUAUUCUCCCCUGAUGGUGAGGACGGUUUUCCUGGCAACCUGACCGUAUACGUGACCUAUCGGAUUAGUGUCAGCUCUGAGGAGCGAAUCGAGUUAUCCAUCGACUACUUUGCCAGUGUGGCGGACGCCAUUUGCCCGCUGAAUCUGACCAAUCACACUUACUUCAAUCUGGCGGGACACCGCGCGGGGCCAGAGGCCCUCGACCGACAUAUCGCCUGCAUAGCGGCGGACCGGAUGCUAGAGACAGAACCCGAUCUCUUCCCAACAGGUCGAAUUCAAAAGGCAGGCAAAGUGGACGGCACGGAUCUGCGCAAACCGACUGGUCUGAAAGAAGGUUUGCGCAAGAUCCAUCCAGCACCAUUUCAUGGUUACGAUGACUACUACAUCUUUAAUCAAAUUCCUGAUGAGGAGGCCAAGAUGAGUGUCUCGGAGCCUAACUCUGGUCGGCGAGUUGAGGUCUUCACUGACCAGCCGGGAGUCCAAUUCUACACCGGCAACUGUCUGGACCCUAAGACCGAUCCCACGGGCAAAGAUGGCUACAGUUACCAACCUCACAGCGGAUUCUGCAUGGAGUUGCAGGGGUUUCCGGAUGCAGUGAAUAGGUCCAACUUCCCAAAGAACUUUGUCCUUCCAAAUGGCAAGCCCUACAUUCAGAAGACAAAGUUUGUAUUCUCCUUUUAA